UAUGCUCUAUGGUUAGAAGAAGCAAAUUAGAUUUUGCCAAAUAAGAAGUUGGUUUAGAUUCUUCUAAUCCUUAUUUUUAAGCUAUGUAAAAAGGAACAGCAGCUUUGAUGGCAAUUUUGGAUCAGUUAGGUUUAGGAAACAAUAGUACACCUAUGAUAGCAAUUUGGAAGUAGCAUUAGGGAUGUUAGUUACAAUUAAAGGAAAAUUAAACAGAUUAGAAAUUUAAGACCUUUAUAACACUAAAUAAAUAUAGUUAUAUUAAGCUGAAAAGAUUGUCAAGCACGGUAUUUUAGAAACAUAUGGAUUUGCAAACUAAAGAAAAUUGAGACGCUUACAAUCAACGUUAGCAAAUAUGACUUUUUUUGCUGGAAGGUUGCCAUAUUAUCCUUCUUAGAAUAUUAAUGAAUUGUUUAUUUUAUAUUUAGAGCUACAUUUAUUAUAAAGAUUGAGAAAGGUAUUUAAUUUUAUUAAUUAAUUUCAAUGUAUUAAUAAAUGA